AUGGGUAAACCAGGUAAGAAAGCUGGAAAGGGGAUGUUGCCACCUACUAAUCCCAACAGGCGCACUGAUCCCACAAGAACAAAUCUUCGUGACCAGCGAACUAUCAAACGUUUAAAAAUGUAUAAGUCGAAAAUAAAGCGUGAUGAAAAAGGUAAUAUUAUAAAAGGUAGUGUCCUUAAAGCAUCUGAUCGUGUUGAAUCUCAGAUGGCACGAGUGGCUCCGGAUCGGCGUUGGUUUGGAAAUACACGAACCAUUGGGCAGGAUGCCCUUCAAAAGUUUCGUGAGGUAAUGCAAGCAAAGUAUAAGGAUCCCUAUAGUGUGAUAAUAAAGCAAUCCAAGCUGCCUCUAAGUUUGCUUGAAGUACCGAAAAAUGAAGAAGGCUCAAUUAGGCAGGAAAUGCAGUGGGAAAAAACAUUUGGUGAUAAGGCAGUUCGAAAGCGAGCUCGAAUUAGUUCGGCUGACAUGGAAACAUUUGCAUCUGAAGCAUCAGCUAAAGGAGAGUUGUACAUUUCGGGAAAGCAAGAAAUUGAUAGGAAUCGUGAGAAAAAUACCGAUGAGGUUAGGAUCGAUAAAUCUAAAAAUGGAAUAGUGUUAACGAAAGGACAGUCGAACCGCAUAUGGUCUGAGCUUUACAAGGUCAUAGAUAGCUCAGAUGUAGUUUUGUAUGUCCUCGAUGCGAGGGAUCCCCUUGGAACCAGGAGUGCGUUUCUGGAAGACUACAUGAGGCGUGAAAAAAAAUACAAACAUUUUGUGUUGGUGCUCAACAAAUGCGACUUAAUACCUCUUUGGGCAACAGCUCGGUGGCUCCAAAUUUUGAGCAAAAAUUACCCGACUAUUGCUUUUCACGCGAGUAUAAAUCAUCCAUUUGGAAAGGGGAACAUAAUCUCUUUAUUAAGGCAGUUUUCGAAACUUCACAACACUACUCACAGGGGAAGCAAACGGACGAAGAUUCCGAUUUCUGUUGGGAUUAUUGGGUAUCCUAACGUUGGCAAAAGUUCUCUAAUUAAUACACUUCGGCGCAAGUCUGUGUGCAAGGUAGCUCCGAUCCCUGGCGAAACUAAAGUAUGGCAAUAUGUUGCACUCACACGAUCGAUUUUUCUCAUUGAUUCUCCUGGUGUAAUUUACGAUAGAGAAUCGAACAACGAAGUCCAAGCUGUACUAAAAAGCGUAGUGCGAGUAGAGCGUCUCGGCAAUGCUGAUAAAACAGAAAUAAUCGACACGAUAUUACAGAUUGUUAAACCAAAGGAUAUUGUCUCAACUUACCAAGUGAAUGAAUGGCGCGAUACAAAUGAUUUUCUCGAACAACUAGCUAAGCUUCGAGGAAAGCUUGUCAGUGGAGGUUUACCUGAUAUAGAGGCUGCUGCACGCAUGGUACUUUAUGAUUGGCAAAGGGGAAGAUUGCCGUGGUUCAGUGCGCCACCAUUUGAGUCAAAUAAAGACUACCGUGACACUCUAGAACAGCCACAUGACAAGCAAAUGAAGCAGAUUGAGCAUUAUAGUACGUUUAAUAUUUCAGAACAUACCAUUACUCACGCAGAACCGGAAGGUUCUGAUUCUGUUGAGAGAAUCAAUGAACCAAGAGAUUCGACCUCGAAGAAAAGAAAACUUGAAACAAAAAAUGUGAUUCUCAAUCCCGAAACAACUGUUGUGACUUAUGUGAAUGAAAAAGAGGAGCAGAAGAAACGAGCUAAAAGGCAGGAGCGUCGAAAAGCCGAAAGGAUAUCAGAUGAAGACAAUGUGAGGGAAGUAUUAGAUGCAGACGAUGAUGCAUUGUGGGAUAGGUUUCUCAAAGCUGCAAAUGCAUAA